AUGAGCGCAGCGGAAGUUCCCGUAUUUCUUCCAGGGGACUUUUUCCCGCUGUUGCAACAAACUUCGGAAGGCACAACAGCGGAGGCGGCAUCUGCCGCUGCUGCCGCAGGGGCUGCUGCUGCAGCGGUCGCCCGCUCUUUCGACUGGAGCGCUGUGGUCGUACCCACAGCCUCCCACCAGCAGCAGCCCCAACAGCAGCAGCGCCAACAGCAAUUGGUGGAGGUGGUGGGUUCUGGAACCUGCGCCAAAGCAACAACUGCCUCCCUUCUCCUUCCCAGACAUGUGCUGCCCCCCCACGCCCCCACGUUCGUUUGCAUCAGCAGCAGUUGCCGAUACACGCCAAGGGUGGGAGACAUCCUCGUGGGCAUUGUCUCUUCCAAGGGCUCAGAAUACUAUGGCGUGAAUAUCCGCAGUGGCUCUCCGGCUCGCUUGGCAGCAGUCGGGGGAUUUGAGGGUGCCACGCGUCGCAGCCGGCCACAGCUGAGCAUCGGAUCUGUUUUGCUGCUUCGGCUAUCCCAUAUAUCGCCGCUGCUUGGGGCAGACGUGAGCUGUUGCAGCAGCAACUGCAGCAAGCCGUGGACUAGCAGUGAAAAACUCUUGGGCGAGCUGAGAGACGGGGUUGUUAUCGAGGUCCCCAUUCCAUUUGCGCAGAGUUUAUUAUCUCCGGACAGUUUAAUUUUGCAGCUGCUGGGUACCCGGCUGCCUUUUGAGAUUGCUGUGGGACUCAACGGCCGUGUAUGGAUUCGUGCUGCCUCACCAGCGUUCAGCAUGAGGGCAGCAAAUUGCAUCUUGGUUGCUGCUGCCGGAAAGCCCCCGGCCGUCAUGCAAGCUAUCGUAGACGCUCUGUUGCAGCGGCAAUAA